GCUGUCUGGGAGCUAAAGAAAGAAUUUAUCUGAUGUGAAAAGAAAACUCCAAUUCAAACAAACAGCAUUUACAAUCCUAGAAAAAAUAUAAUAGAGGAGUAGGAUGACAUUAUUUCGGCAAUGACAUAUUCUUGCUACAUUUACAAGAGAUCACACUGAGGCACUUCCAACAGGAGAUAAAAAACUGAAAAAAAAAGAAAAUUUCAGUCCAAAUUUGCUGACUCCUGAAAACAAGAGGAAACGUUGAAUUGUUAAUCCAUUAUAACCAACAAAUCAACAAAUCAUGGAGCGGUUUAAAAUGAUAUUCCAGUAUUUCCAGUCUAACUCAGAAUCAGUGCAGAAUGGGAUAUGUGGAAUCUUAGCCCUGGCUAGUGUUAAAAUCUAUAAUAUUCUGGAUUUCAACUGCCCGUGCCUGCCAAUGUUUAAUAUGGUCUAUGGCAUGGGAAUUAUGUUUGUCCCUCCGAUAGCUCUUUUUCUUUGCGGUCUCAUGGUAAACAAACAAUCAGUGCUCAUGAUUGAAGAGUGGAGAAGACCAGCAGGCAGACGGAAAAAAAAUCUGGCCAUUGUAAAGUACAUGUUCUCUUCAGUAAUCACAAGAGCCAUGGCUGCUCCUGUAGUCUGGAUUCUUACUUCCCUCCUUGAUGGAAACUGUUUUGUAUGUGCCUUUAGCGGUUCAGUUGAUCCUGACCAAUUCCCUGGUUUUGCGAAUGGCAGCUCUGCAGAAAUACAGACGCUUCUCUACAAGGUUCCAUGUAAAGAGGAUAUAAUGAUAAGGGACCACCCUUCUCGGAAAGCAGUGUCCAGAUACCUAAAAUGCUGGUCACAGGCUAUUGGAUGGGGGAUUCUGCUGCUUCUCGUUGUAAUGGCUUUUAUCGCCCGCUCCCUUAAGCCUUGCUUUGAUCAGACGGCCUUUCUACAGACACGUUACUGGAGUAAUUAUGUAGACAUAGAGCAGAAGAUCUUUGAUGAAACCUGUUGUGAGCACGCUCGAGACUUUGCCCACAAAUGCAUCCUCCAUUUCUUUCAUAACAUGCAGAAUGAGAUGAAAGUAGCACAUUUAACCAACAAGAAGGCAGAGGACAAAGAAGAUCAUCUGCAUGGCAUCACCGACCAUGAACAGGUCAACCAGCUCUUAAAGAUGUGGUAUCGAAGCAAACCCCCACUCUGCGUAAAUCAUGCGACUCUACGACAGCACGUCAAGUCGAAAUGUAACACAGAAAAUAAUGACAAACAGACUGAUGUUUAG